AUGGAGAAACUGGCAGCCGGGCUAGCGGGUCUCCACUGGAGCAUGGGGGCUUUCCCCCUGGACCUCAUCGUCAGCCGCUGUCGACUGCCCACUCUCGCCUGCCUGGGGCCAGGGGAGUAUGUGGAGGGGGUGAGCCAACAGGAUGUCCUGCUCAUCCACUCCUGCCGCCAGUGGACGACGGUGACAGCCCACAGCCUGGAGGAAGGGCACUAUGUCAUCGGGCCCAAGAUCGAUAUCCCGCUGCAGUAUCCAGGGAAGUUCAAGCUUCUGGAGCAGGCUCGAGACGUUCGGGAGCCAGUACAGUAUUUCAGCAGCAUUGAGGAGGUGGCCAGCGUCUUUCCUGACCGCAUCUUUGUGAUGGAGGCCAUCACCUUCAGCGUCAAGGUGGUGUCUGGGGAGUUCAGUGAGGACAGUGAGGUCUACAACUUCACCCUGCAUGCGGGUGAUGAGCUCACCCUCAUGGGCCAGGCUGAAAUCCUUUGUGGGAAGACCCCGAAGGAACGUUCCCGAUUCACCACCAUCCUCCGAAAACUGGGCCGGGCUGGGUCCUUGGCAGGGUCCCUGGCAGGGAUGGGGAGCAUCGGCGGUGGCCUGGGCACCAGUGGAGCAGCGGGCACCAUCAAGCCCAUUAAAGGCAAGAUGCCGUGCCUCAUCUGUAUGAACCACCGCACCAAUGAAAGCCUGAGCCUGCCCUUCCAGUGCCGGGGCCGGUUCAGUACCCGCAGCCCCCUGGAGCUGCAGAUGCAGGAAGGGGAGCACACGGUGAGGGCCAUCAUCGAGAGGGUCCGGCUGCCCGUCAACGUACUUGUGCCCAGCCGGCCCCCCUGCAACCCGUAUGACCUGCACCCGGUGCGAGAGGGCCACUGCUACAAGCUAGUCAGCAUCAUCUCCAAGACAGUGGUGCUGGGGCUAGCCUUACGAAGGGAGGGCCCCACUCCCUUGCAUUUCCUGCUGCUCACGGACAUGCCCCGAUUCACCCUGCCCCAAGGGCUGCUGGUUGGUGAUCCCCAGGUGGAACAGCUGGUGAGAGACAGCGCUUCCUACUGCCACGAGCGCUUCGACCCAGACGAGUACUCCAAAGCAGUCCGGGAAGCCCCUGGAGACCUGGCAGAGGAAUGUGCCAGCCCCCGGAGGGCAAGGCUCUGUUUGCAGGGCCCCAGGCCCGAGGCACUGCCCCAGCUCUCUCUCUGCCUUUACCCCCCUGCUGGGGAGGGGGAGCAGGAAUAUAUGAGUCCAGACUGGGCCAGCCUGUCAGAACCUGCCCCUUCAGUGGAGAUCCCCUAUGAGGAGCUGUGGACGCACCAGGCAACUGAGAGCCACCCAGAGGGUGGGGGCAGGGACAGAAGCAGGCAACCACCAGCAGGACUUAGACAGCCAGACCUCAUUUCUUUUGCUGGGACUGCUCAUCUGGAGACGGAGGUUCCCCCACCUCCUGUCCCUCCCAAAUCAGAGGCGGUCAAGGAAGAGUGUCGCCUACUCAAUGCUCCACCAGUACCACCAAGGGGCAGCCGGCCCCCAGGCAGUCCUCCUGUCCCACCACGCUUUCCCAAGCUUCAGCCUGCUCAUUCCCCCAGUCCUGGCCUCUCCUAUUACUCUUCUGGCCUACACGAUGGAUCCGGCUCUCGGAGUGGCAGCUGCUCCCCAUCCCCAGAUUCAUAUUCUCUAUACUGUUACCCCUGUACCUGGGGUGAUUGCAAGGUGGGUGACUGCUCCAGUCGCCCACUUCCUGGGCCCCUCCCCUCUACAACACAGCCCAGCCAGGCCUCCUGGGCCUACUCCGAACCUGGAAAUAGUCGAUCUACACCACUACUUGGGGGCGAGACCCCCAACAAGACAUACCACAGUUGUCCCCCUCCUCCUAAGCCUUCACACCCUCAGAAACGCUUUGCUCCGUUUGGGGCCCUCAAUCCAUUUGCUGGUCCCUCCUAUUCCUCAGGUCCUGCCUCAACAUCAUCCUCUUCUUCCUCUGGUCCCACUUCUACCCCCGGCCCCACUUCAUCCUCAAGCCCUACUUACUCUCUAGGCCCUGUCUCCUCCAGUCAGGCCUACUCAUCUGGUUCCCCCUCCUGCCCCACAUCCUCCUCCUCUUCCUCGGAAUGGCAGGAAACAGCCCUGGAACCCUUUGACCCCUUUGAAGUGAGGCAGGGCAGCUCCCCAGAACCAGAGCUGCUACGGUAUCAGGAGCCUAGGGGAGUGGGCAGGCCUGGGCCCUUGUCACCCCUCUGCCCCACCAAGGCCUUUGAGCCAGAUGGCCUGAUGCUUCGGCGGAUGCCCACCCCGUUGUCCCCUACUGUCGUACAGGGACCAGAGGGAGGCGGAGCACGGCUCUACCUCACCCAGGGGCGCCUGGAUGUGCCUCCUAUUAACCCACGGGAAGGGGCAGUGGGCCGGGUUGGCAGGGACAACACCCCUUGGCAACCCCCAGCUGAUCUAUCUGCACUCUCGCUGGAGGAAGUCUCUCAGAGUCUGCGCUUCAUCGGCCUCUCGGAGGAUGUGGUGAACUUCUUCUCUAGGGAGCGCAUAGAUGGCAGCAUUUUUGUGCAGCUCAGUGAGGACAUCCUGGCUGAUGACUUCCACCUCACCAAGCUGCAGGUCAAGAAGAUCAUGCAGUUCAUCAAGGGUUGGAGGCCCAAGAUCUGA